AUUUUUCCAUAAUUACAUUCAUCCCCUGCAAUUUUAAGAUUUCUCAUAUUAGCACCAUGUAGUAGGGGGUAAACGUAACAAAUUUACAAACUUCAGGGUCUAGAUGUAAUUUAUAAAACAUAAAAGGUUCGUUUUGCAAAUAAGUUAACGAAUACAAAACGACACCUGCUUAAACUAUCCGCUGCUGUAGAACAAGUGAAAAAAAUCUACACCCAUUAAAUUAAAUCGAGAAAAAAUGGGAAGCUACGUGCAAAUUCUCUACUGUUGGAAGAACCCCACGUUCGUUUGUUCUUCGUUCUUGAACAAAGAUUACAACUUUCAGACAAAGAAUCAGUGCGGCGGCAACCUCAAUUACUUGGUCGGCGAAACUGAAAUCAGAAGCAAAAGAAGAUUAUUCAGAAGAGAUAAGGGCAAAGAAGGGAUUUUUGUUUGCCGUGGUGGGUUUAUGCUGACGUGGGAGCCGAAUCUUGAUUCUCCCGCCAUAGCUACACAGCUCUCUGCUUUCUCUCUCUUACCUUAUCUGGGUUUCUUGUAUUUCAUCACCAAAUCCAAUUCUGCCCCUAAACUCACUCUAUUUGGUUUCUACUUCUUGCUUGCCUUCGUCUGUGGCGCAAUACCAGCAGGAAUCUAUGCAAAAGUGCACUACCUAAAAUCGUUGGCCAAUGUCGACUGGUUGCACGGUGGAGCUGAGUCACUCCUUAUGCUUACAAACCUAUUCAUCGUAGUUGGACUCAGAGAAGGUAUUCGAGAAGCCGAGGGCAAAGACGUAAAUAAAUUAAAUGUCACUUCCGAAUUCACAGAGGAAGAAGACCGCUCGUAAAUCAUAGGUGAUAAAUACUCAUAUGUUGUUUGUAAAGAUCUUCAUGAAUGAAAAACGACGGUUAAUCAUAUUGUUCGUAAUAUAGCGCUCUUCAUUCAUUUCAUCGUC